AUGUUUUAUCGGUUUUUCAUACUCGUCAACGUAUUCAUUUACAGUGCCAUUGCUGGAAGCUCAUCAUCCAGCAGCAACAGCUGCACAGGACCUAUUCAAGUCAAAUCCAAUCAAGAUGUAGACGCCUUGAGAAACUGUCAAGUGGUGGAAGGGUCCAUUGCCAUCCAAAACUUGUCCUCGUAUGGAGAUAUCAUCAACCUAUCUCAGUUGCAACAAGUACAUGGCGACCUUGUGUUUGAAGGCAACGGGGACUUGACACAAGUUGUCUUGGCCAGCUUGAAGCAAGUGGAUGGAAAGCUUGCCUUUCAGAACAACCGACAAUUAGAGCGACUCGAUUUGACUCAACUGACGUCUGUUCAAUCACUUGACAUUUCAGUAGAGCCUGCACUGCAUGCCAUCUUGUUUCCCUCAGGAUUAUCUCAGAUUGAUACGUUGACAGUGACAGAUACGAUCGCCACCAAGAUAGAAGGGCUGACGACCAGCAAGAUCAAAGAUGUGCACAUUGCUAAUAACAAGUACCUGAAAAACAUCAACAUGAAUCAUCUACAGCAAGUCAAUGGUGUCAUGACCAUUGCAGCCAAUUCGCCCAACCUUACGCUCGAUCUUUCUUCCCUAUCUAGCAUUUAUCAGGGAGACUUUAGAGAUCUAGCGCAACUCGUUGGUUUGAACAAGGUGCACCAGAUCACAGGAGACUUAUCAUUUGUAGCCAAUUCGUUCUCAGCGCUCUCUUUACCCAAUAUCUCGCAAAUUGCAGGCACAUUGACAGUGUCCAACAAUCUGCAGCUAAAGAACCUCUCUGUUCCUCAAUUGCAGAUGCUGGGAGGUGCGCUCUCUUUGGCCAACAACACGCAAUUAUCCAGCGUCGAUGUACCCAAGCUGCAGGAAGUGGAUGGUACUGUAGACAUCACUGGCAAUUUUGACAAGGUGUCGUUGCCCAGUCUUGUUGAUGUGCGAGGUGGAUUGAAUGUGCAAACUUCCAGCAACCAGUUUUCCUGCGAUGAUGGCGUCAAUAAGCUACAAGGCGGUGUCACCAAGGGCCAUGAGUUUACCUGUAAAUCCAAUGUGUCACAUCCCACAUCAGCCAUCAAUCACAAUGACACCUCCACCAGCGACGAUGCCACUUCAUCUGCCACUAGACAGUACACCACAACUACUCAUGUCUUCCUCGCUAUGACUAGCGGCUUUAUCAUUUCAAUCUAUUUAUUCAUUCAAUAA